AUGGCGGCCCCCAGGAAACCUGUGCUGCUCGGGCUUCGCGAUUCCGCCGUGUCCGGCUGCCCGACGGGGCCGAGCGCUUGGACGGCUAGCAAGCUGGGCGGCGUUCCGGACGCCCUGCCCGCCGUGGCUGCGCCGAGGCCGGAGUGUGCCGCCUGCGGGGAGCCGCUCGCCCUGCUGGUGCAGGUGUACUGCCCGCUCGAAGGCUCCCCGUUUCACCGGCUGCUGCACGUCUUCGCGUGUGCCCGCCCCGGCUGUGGCAGCUGGAAGGUGUUCCGCUCCCAGAGCCUGCAGCUGCGAGAAAAGGAAGUGCGGGAUCCUCCAGUCCCUCAGGUACAGAGAAGGACUGGUUUGAAGGCUCAAUUGGGAAGAUGGAGGGAUGGGUGGCUGGAGCCAGGGGACAGAGGAAACCUGUUGGUGUGUUUGCAAUUCAACCACUGGAUGUUGUUCCCUAACCAGGAAAAGGGCCUCGCAGCUGUGGACUGGUGUGAUGAUGCAGAUGACUGGGGAAGUGACAGUGAGCAGAUGUCUCCACACCUUAAAGAGGGCUUUACAAGUCCUUCCAGUAGUGCCAGAGAUGUAGACUGGACUGGUCAGCUCCAGCACCUUUGCCUACAUGAUCCUGUCCCCGAAGCUGUUCCUCCUGCUGCAUCUUGUGGGGAACAGGUCUCCUCGUCCUUAGUGAGGACACAAUUCCUGCCUUAUUACAUCUGUGUCGUAGAUGAGGGUGAUUACAGAGACUCGGUCAGUCUAGAUCAUGCUCAGAGUCUUCUGCAGGAAUACCAGCGGAGAGAAGGUGUUGACAUGGAAGAGUUGCUUUCCCAGAGUUUUUCUAGUAAAGAUAAUGAAAAAUAUGAGAAGACCACAGUUAAAAAUGGAGAUAAAAUAUUUUACAAAUUUAUGAAGAGAAUUUCUGCCUGUCCGGAGCAGAUUUUAAGGUAUUCCUGGAGCGGAGAACCUCUGUUUCUGACGUGUCCUCCCUCAGGGGUCUCCAAUCUUCCCGCCUGCAGCUGUGGAGCCCAAAGGAUAUUUGAGUUUCAGCUCAUGCCUGCCCUGGUCAGCGUGCUCAGUGGCACCCACUCAGGUCUUUCUGUGGAAUUCGGCACCGUUCUCGUUUACACAUGUGAGAAGAGUUGCUGGCCUCCGAACCACCAGACUCCUCUGGAAGAAUUUUGUAUUAUACAGGAAGACCCAGAUGAAGUCUUAUUUAAAUAGUGCUUUUCCUCUUAUUUAUAUAAAUUAAAUUUUACUCUUUUUUUUUUU